AUGUUGAGCUUGCCAGCAGCAGCAACAGCAACCACUGCAAGUGGACAAACUGCAGCCGCUGGAGCAGCUGCAGCAUCAGGAGUUGCUGCGAAUCCUGCACCAACUAACAACUCCGUCCUCUGUCAACUGAUUAGCUAUCAGAAUAAUAUAGCUGAUGUCCAACAUAGACGUGGCCGACGCUUACAUGGACUCCAGCUGCCGUUGCAUCCACUGCAGCUAUUCGGUUGGCUCGUGUUACUCCUGUUCGGCUUGGCCAGCUAUUGGAUACUGAUACCCGCCUUUCAUGCGCCCAUCCAAGGGCCACUCUAUGGCCUGAUCUCCGGCCUGUAUGUGGUGCAUAUUGUGGCCCAUUUGACUGCACUGUUGACCGAUCCCGCUGACAAGGAGCUGCGACGCGUGCAUCGCAACGAUCGCAUUGUGCCCGAGUUUGAUCGCAGUAAACACGGCCAUGUCAUCGAGAACGGACGCUGUCAUCUGUGCAACAUAAAGACAUCGUCGCCCAGGACCAAACACUGUUCGGUGUGCAACAAGUGCGUGGGUAAAUUCGAUCAUCACUGCAAGUGGCUGAAUCAUUGCAUCGGCUCCCGGAACUAUGUCGCCUUUCUAAUGUGCGUCGUCAGUGCUGUGGUGGCCACGCUGGUCAUUGUGGCUGCCGUUGUGGGGCAGAUCGUGCUCUACUACGUGCAGCCGGAUUGGCUGAGCUUCUAUUGGUGCAGCAAUCAAAUGGAAUUGCCCCUGGAGUCAACAGAUUAUAUCAAUUUAACGCUGAGCUUGAGCAACGGCACCAUGAUGCUGAUGGAACAGGAUCAACAGAUGGAUCAGUCGCAGGAGCAGGAUCUCAACAAUCUCACAGUCUCCACCAUGCCCACGCUGCUGCAAAACUUUACGGCUCUGCUGGAGCAGAGCACGUUGCAGCCGGAGCAGAAGCCACAGCUUCUGAAUCAUACAGUAACACCUCUGGUCGCCGGCAUCGGUGUCCAUGAGACGAUCUACUUGCUGCUGCUGGGCGUGCUCGGUCUGCUGGCAGCAAUCAGUGCUGGUCUGCUCCUGCAUCUCUGCUUCUUUCACAUUUACAUCUCGUUCCUGGGCCUGACGACGUACGAGUACAUCCGGAAUCAUCGGCAGGCGCAGGAGGCAAAGGCUAAGCAGUUGCUCGAGCAGGGCAAGAACGGUGUCCAUUUCAAUCCCAAUCUGCCCACACUGCACCAUCAUCAGCAGCAACAACACCAGCAUCCGUCCAAGCUCUAUUGCUGCUCCAAUGUGCCGCAUCCGAAUCAGCAGCACGAGCAGAUAACUACUGGCGCUGCGUUGCAUUGCUGUGCCAGCUCGCGGGAGUUCCAUCAGGCCAGCCAAUCCAUCUAUUUGUGCUCCUUGCUGCAGGAGCGUCGCAGCGAUCGACUGCAAUUGGAUCUGGACACCGAGGCAGCUCCGCUACGUUCCUUUCACUGCUGCUCCAGCUAUGCGGCUGCCUCGAUGCAGCGCAGGGUGAGCGCCGCAGCGAGUGCCAAGGCGGCGCUGGAGCCACGCCAGCGUCCACUGAGAUCGAGUGCAGGAGCAGCUGCAUCGUAUCUGCAAUACACAGAGCAGUGCACCCUCUGCACCUUUCAGCUGCGCAGUCCGCUGCGCGGCAGCCAGAGCAACAGCAACAGCAAUAGCGCCGGGCGCAGCAGCAGCAGCACUCGCACCUUGGCUAGCCAAACGGCCACGCCCACAUCGACGGCGUCGGCAGCAGGGAAUAUAUCGAAGCAUCAGCGCUGGCGACGAAAAUGGAACUGCUGUGCCAGCGUGCCAGACAGUCCGGAUGUGCCCAAUGAUUUGCUGGCCGCACUCUCGGCCAGCAAAAUGAAUGCCAGCGAGCUGCCGGUGCAGUUCAUCAGAAGUCUGAAUGGUGGCCUGGAGAUGCCACAGGGCCCGGGCGGCGGAAUGCUGCCAACUGCCACGCCCACUGAGCUGCCCACACUGAAGACGACGCGCAGCUCCCGGUUGCGCCACAUGCUGCGUCUGCUCGGACGCUAUCGACGCGCACGCUGCCAGCGUGGCCAUGGCCACGGCGUGGGCGUGGCCGAGCAGCAGGUGGCCACCAUUAAGCAGAAUCAAAUACGUCCACUGCAACUGCAGCCGGAUCGAGGCUAUGACAGUGGCACGAGCAUGACGCAAGCGACGCCACCGCCGCCCAUGAGCUCGCCCAGCCACAGCGCCAGCAGCAGCAGCGAUCUGAGCAGCAUCAGCAACAGCACUGGCAACAAGGAGGUGAUGCUGCUGCCCACCAGCGUGAUCCGGGACGAUAGUGUCACCACCAGCUACACACUGACCCUGCCGCCUGCCUUGCCGCCGCCCACGCGUCGCAAGAUGCCCAAUCCCAGCGAGUUGGCUGAGCUGGCCGAGACCCUGGGCUUCGUCUCGAGCGGAACUCAUGGAGCUGCCGGCUCCAACAGUCGCCAGCUGCCAAGUCUGGGCAAUGUGUACAGGCGACAGCGUAGAAAACAUUUCCUGCGCACUCGAUCGCCCACUUUGUCGCCCAUACACGAAUCCGGGCUAUCCAAUCCAACAUCGCCGCAACCGUUGCGCCAUAGCUUGGCCAACUCCAACUCCAACUCCAGCUCCAAUGCCAAUGCCAAGUGCUCUCCGGAUGUGUCACGAUCCUCAGCGACACUUGUCCAGAAUCUGUGUGGUCUAGCCGGCGAGGCUCUAAGGAAAUCUGCAUCCAAUAGCUCGUUGCAGAGCAUCAGCUCCAACUCAAGCAGCACCUAAUACAAAAGGAAGACCGAGAGAGGCAGUCAAUAGAGAGAUAAAGAUGGAGAGAGAGAGAGUGAGAGUGAGCAGGAGAUUGUGGAAGAGUUCCUUGCAUUGGUUUCUGCCUAGUCCAUAGGUUAGUCAUAGACGCCGUUAUCCAUCCAAUUCCAAGAGAUAAAGUUAAAGCCCAAUUUUAGUUUUAAUUUAGUUAAACUUGUUUUAGGAUAUUGUUUCGAAUGGAGGCUUUAUAUGAAUAUUACCACAUGUAACUUGUAAACCCCAUUGAAAUGGACGCGCUUGAUGAGAAAUUAAAUAUGCUGAAGAAAUGA